CUACUGUCAUUUGUUUAAAAAAAAACAACAGACCAAAAACAUCGCAGAAGACAUUCGUCUUUCAGGUGAUUCGGCAUAAUCGUUUGGUUGGUUUUAAGUAGAAAAUCCGGUUAUUUUCAGUGAUUUUUUCGUAGUUUUUGCGAAAACUGAAGAGCGCAUCACCAAAACAAAGAGUGAGUGAGCAAUGGUCAAGAUUGAGGAUUUUAAAUUGUCCAGUGAGCUGGUUGGCCAUAAAUUGGAUGUACGCUCGGUUGCCGAGGGUAAGGGUUUCAUUGUUUCCGGCUCGCGCGAUAAAACCGCCAAAGUAUGGACCAAUCUAGAUGGAUAUUAUACCGAAACGGAAUCAUUAACCCAUCAUACGAACUACAUCGGAGCGGUUCUGGUGGUGGAGGAAAAUGGAUGGAUCUGCACGGCCAGCAACGAUGGCACGAUCUGUGUAUUUAAAUAUCCGUCGGCUGGUGGGAAACCGCUGGUGGUGCUAAAAGGGCACACCUCGACAGUCUGUGCAUUGGCCAAAGGGAACGCGCCGAAUGUGUUGAUAUCCGGAAGUUGGGACAAAAGCGCCAAAGUGUGGACCGAUGUCGGAUCCUCACUGAGUAGUUUGACCUUGGUUGGACACGAAGCUGCAGUUUGGGCCGUUGCACGCCUGUCAUCGGGGAAAUAUGUCACGGGAUCGGCCGAUAAAUCGAUCUUUGUGUGGAACGAAAAAGGCGAAAAGCUGGUGGUAUUGAAAGGUCAUAAAGAUUGCGUCAGAGGCUUGUGUUCGUUGCCGAGUGGUGGAUUUUUGAGUUGCUCGAAUGAUGCAACCAUCCGUCAUUGGAGUGACACGUACGACUGUGUGAAGGAAUUCCACGGUCAUACGAAUUACAUCUAUACAAUAGCGAGAAGUGACUUUUGGGGCGAAGACGUUUUCGUAACCGGAGGAGAAGAUAGUACGGUCAGAAUGUGGAACCUGAAGGAUGGAGCUCUGGGAAAUGCACUUCAGUUGCCGGCACAAUCGGUGUGGUCUGUAGCCGUUUUAAGAAAUGGUGACAUUGUAACAGGCUCAAGCGACGCUUUGAUACGCGUUUUCACCGUUUCUAAGGAUAGGGAAGCUCCUAAAGAUAUUCAGGAUGCGUACAAACUGAGCGUUGAAGUUAGAGUUCAAGAGUCAUCGAAACAACUUGGUGAUAUGAACGUCAAUGAUCUUCCGGGCCCGGAAUCGUUGCUAUCUGAGGGUCGUGAUGGUCAAACCCGAAUUGUGCGUCAUGCCGACGGGAAGAUAAUGUGUUAUCAAUGGAGCAAUAACAAAUGGGAAUGCGUAGGAGAUGUGAUGGGGGCCACUGGAGGAAACACGGGAAAGCAGCUGUAUGAAGGACGUGAAUACGAUUACGUGUUUUCGGUGAAUCUUGAUGAUGAGGCCCCUAAUUUGAAACUGCCCUAUAACAGGGGAGAAGACCCAUGGUUCGUGGCCCAACGGUUCAUACACAAGCACAGCCUUCCUCAAGCUUAUCUGGACCAGGUGGCAAAUUUCAUAAUCAAGAAUGCCGAUAACACUCCGGUUCAGCCGACCACUGGUACUAAUAGCAUGUAUGAUCCGUUCACCGGCGGAGCACGCUAUGUUCCAGGAGCGGGAUCAAGCUAUCAACCCACGGUGGCCAACACAGAUCCAUUCACGGGAGGCUCCAGUUAUACCACACAAACGCCCAAUGCUGGCGUGGCCAACAGCGGAAGCGCCCAAGCUGGUAACGCUGAUCCUUUUACGGGCAGCUCAAGCUACUCGACGGGAUCGACAGAGGUCAAAAAGACUAAUACGCACUUCCCCAAUAGACAUUUCGUGACUAUGGAAACUGCUGACUUAUCAAAGGUGCUGGUCAAAAUAAAAGAGUUCAAUGGAAAGAUCGGAGACAAAUCCCUCCAGAUGUCUGACGACACUCUUGACGACAUAAUUAGCUAUGUCGAAGAAGUAAGCAUAGCUUCAGAGCAAAAUUCUGUAUGUCUUACGGCCCUUAAGUAUCUCUACAACUGGCCUACGGAAAACCUUUUCCCCGUACUGGACAUCACUCGUUUGGUGGUGCGUGACCCCAAGGCUUGCCAUGAGCUAUUCGAGGGCGACUUCAUGAAGACUUUGCUCCAGCAAAUUAAUCACCUUCCAGCGAAUCAAAUGAUGGGAACGCGUUGCUUCGUCAAUAUGAUAUCUCAUCCGGCCGGGCGAAAUAUCGUCAUGGAGCACAUUCGCCCGAUCAUCGAAAAGUUGUCACCGAUCAGGAAAGGCAGUGCCAACCUGCAGAUUGCUCUGGCCAGUUUUUAUUUGAACCUAUCGAUGACCCAGCUCGAUAAGCCUUCGUUGGAUUUCUGCAAAGUGUUCUCGGAAGCGGUGAGUGACUUCCUAGACUGGGCCACCGACCAUGAAGCCACAUACCGGGCGUAUCAGGCAUUGGGCAAUUUGAUGUCCACGCCGCAGGGCUCACUGGUGGUUAACCAUUUGCGCGGCAACAGCGGACUGAUUGACAAAAUUUUGGUCAGCAUUAGCAACGAGGUGAAUGGUUUCGCCAAGCUAAACGAGUGCGCUAGUUAUCUGUACGAAUUGCUCGCCUGAAUUGGAUGAAAGUGAGGGCUUCAAAGAUAUUCUCUAAGAUCGUACCUACUGAUAGUUUUGAACUUAGCUUAUUAUGGUAAUGUGAGACAUUCAAAUAAAUUCGAUUGAAAUAAAAUGCGAAAUCCGAAAAUAUUUGGUAAAA